UCCGGGCUGGGAGACGCACCCAGGAUCCAGCAGUCAUGGAUUGUCUCCCGCCUCUGGCCAGCCCUCUCCAGCUGUUGCUAUGGCUCGCCACGCUGGUUGCUGUGUCCUGCUCUGGAUUACAUGAGAAAAACCCUUCUUUACUGAGUCCCCCUCCCAGACUGCCUCCAGGCAAAAAUGUGAUGGUGUCAUCUGAUCAGUCUUCCAGUCCAGAAACCUCUUGUAUCUAUGGGUCCAUCUGCUCCUGGGUAACAUCUACAGACACCUCCGGAAAACCAGACUGGGUGUUAUCUUCAAUGAGUGCCUUGGUGUCACAGCAGCAGCAUCAAGUUCUGGAAGACCAUUCAUCCAGAGGAGACAAAGAAGGCCACAUUCUCCUCCUGAACACCAGCAGGUUCUUGGAUAGAUGUGAGUUCAGUCUGCAUAGCCCCAUCCUGCCAUGGAGUGUGGAGUCCUGCUUGCUGGAGCUGGCCAUAUAUUCACAGGAUACUGCUCCUCCUCUCCAGGAAUUCACAGUUGAAAUCCGACAUGUGGAGACAAACCGGAACAUAAUCAUCCCUCUGAGAGCUGGGCAAGAGGAGAACACCUGGGUGAAGUGGAAAGUACUCAUGGCUCAGAUUGGCGAAGUGGAGAGGCCUUUUGAGAUCUCCCUGCUGUAUUCAACUUGUGGAGCACAAGGGGCUGGGCUAUUGGCAUUGGGCUCCUUGCAGUUCAGGGACUGCUUCCAUGAAAAAGAAAGCAAGGAUCUUUCCACAUACGACAAGGGCUCCACUUUCCCCUGCCCACACGGCGGCUGUGUCAGCCACCUACAGGUCUGUGAUUUUCACAGUGAUUGCCCUGCCAAAGAGGAUGAAGAGGCUAUAUGUGCAGACAGUCUCCCAGAAGGAGCACACUGUUCUUUUGAGCAGGGUUCCUGUGGCUGGAUAUUGAAUGACACUGCGUCUCCCUCCUGGUCCAUCAGGGGCUUUGAAGAAAUGACACAAGAAGCUCCAUUCAUGGGAUCUGCCUUGCUAGCCACCAGAGGGCACUUCCUGUACCUGCGAGCAGACAGCAAUCAGACAGGUGACGUUGCGAGGGCUUACAGUGCCAGCCUGCCAGCCCGUCUUGCCAGUGGAAACUACCAGAUCCAAUUCUCAGUGCAUAUUUUUGGCAGUUACAAUGGCACCAUCUCGUUCUCUGUCCAGGAAGAGACAGGUGGAGUCAGUAUCUCCCCUCUGGUGUGGGAAAGAACAGGGAGCUGGAGCGAUCGCUGGUUUCUCAUCACACUGCAAAUGCCAGUGCUCCAGAACAGGUUUCACCUGCAGCUUCUAGCAAUCUGGGGUUGGAAUUCCCAAGCUGACAUUGCGAUGGACAAUAUUACUUUUGGAGUGAGCUGCUUCCCUGAUGGAAGAAGACAAAGCCAUUCUCCUGGAAAGCACCAAUACCCACGGGAAAUCAGUAUCAUGGAUGAGAAUCUGUUGAACCCACUGGAGGAGCCCUCCCUUUCAGGAAAUGUGCCUAAUGUUCUUUGGUGGUUCACAACCUGUGGUGCCAGUGGCCCCCGAGGACCAACUCAAGCACAGUGUGACAGUGCCUAUUACAACACCAACAUCUCAGUGACUGUAGAGAAAGAGGGACCACUCCGAGGGGUGCAAGUGUGGAGAGUGCCAGCAACAAACCAAUACUUGAUAUCUGCAUAUGGAGCAGCCGGAGGGAAAGGAGCCAAGAACCACAAGAAGAGAUCGCAUGGGGUCUUCAUCUCGGCCACCUUCCAGCUGGAGAAAGAUGAGCUCCUCUACAUCUUGGUGGGGCAGCAGGGGGAGGAUGCCUGCCCAGGGGGGAAUGUUCAGACUCAGAAGAUCUGCCUGGGGGAGUCAUCUCUCAUUGAAGAAGAUUACAAACUCAAAAAGGAUCUGAAGGACUGGGCUGGAGGAGGGGGUGGGGGUGGAGGAGCCACCUUCAUCUUUAGACUGAAGGAUGGGGUUUUCGAACCGUUGCUCAUCGCUGCAGGAGGAGGGGGAAAGGCAUACCUGAGGGAUCAGGACAGCUCCCUGGAUGAUGUACCCCUGGAGCGGUUUGAGAACAACACAGCAGUCCCUGGAGUCAAUGGGAGAACUGGGGCAGCAGGUGGAGGUGGUGGCUGGGAAGACACCACCCUGUUUCCUCAGACGGGGAAGUCCCUCCUGGAAGGUGGAGAGGGAGGCCAGGCCUGUCCCCAGUCACUAGCCAAACUCCAGUGGGCCACCUCAGGUGGUUUUGGUGGAGGAGGAGGAGCUUGUACAUCUGGAGGGGGAGGUGGAGGCUACAAAGGCGGGCAUGUAUCAGAUGUUGAUGAUAUCACAGCUGAUGGGCAGGAUGGUGUUUCCUUUGUGAAUCCAGCUGGGGAGAUCUUCCUGCAUCCCCUGGCAGCCAUGGAGAGUCACGGGGAGGCGGAGAUUCAGGUCUACCUGAACUGCAGCCACUGCCACUCGGGCAACUGCAAGCGGGACCUUGACACCAAUCUGCCGAUCUGUAUUUGUGAGAUGGGAGCCGUGCUGGCCAGUGAUAAUGUCACCUGCAUAGUUCCUCACAGCCCCAUCCCAGAGAGACACCUUCCUCUUCCGCUCCUCCUAGCUGUGGUCACUGUGAUUGUAGUGCUUGGAAUGGCUCUGGCUUGUGGCAGCCUAUCCAUCGUUUAUCACCGUAAGAAGCAGCAGCUGGAAGGAGCCAGAGCACGACUGCAGAGCCCAGAAUAUAAACUGAGCAAAAUCCGCACUUCCACCAUCAUGACAGAUUACAACCCCAACUACUGCUUUGCAGGGAAGGCUGCCACGCUGAGCGAGCUGAAGGAGAUCCCCCGGAAAAACAUCUCCCUGCUUCGGGCCCUAGGGCAUGGUGCAUUUGGUGAGGUUUAUGAGGGGACUGUGGUAGGAAUCGCAGGGGAUCCCAACCCUCUUCAAGUGGCUAUCAAGACAUUGCCAGAAAUCUGUUCUGAGCAGGACGAGAUGGAUUUUCUGAUGGAAGCUCUGAUAAUCAGUAAGUUCAGUCACCAGAACAUUGUGCGGUGCAUUGGUGUGAGCCUUCAGACACUGCCUCGCUUCAUUCUGCUGGAGCUCAUGGCUGGUGGAGAUAUGAAGAGCUUCCUUCGGCAGAAUCGACCCCGGGUGAAUCAGCCAUCCACUCUGAUAAUGCAGGACCUGCUGAACAUAGCCAGGGACAUUGCUUGUGGCUGCAAAUAUCUGGAGGAGAACCACUUCAUCCACAGGGACAUAGCUGCAAGGAACUGCCUGCUGACCUGCACUGGGACAGGACGAGUAGCCAAAAUUGGUGAUUUUGGAAUGGCCCGAGAUAUAUACAGGGCAAGCUACUAUCGCAAAGGAGGGAGAGCCAUGCUGCCUGUCAAGUGGAUGCCACCAGAGGCUUUCCUAGAGGGGAUCUUCACAUCCAAGACUGAUACCUGGUCUUUUGGCGUGCUGCUGUGGGAGAUCUUCUCAUUGGGCUACAUGCCCUAUCCUUGCAAAACCAACCAGGAGGUGCUGGAAUUUGUCACUAGUGGAGGAAGAAUGGAUCCACCAAAGAACUGCCCGGGGCCUGUUUACCGGAUCAUGACGCAAUGUUGGCAGCACAGUCCAGAGUACCGGCCCAAUUUCUCCACCAUUCUGGAAAGAAUCAAGUACUGCACACAGGACCCUGACGUGAUCAACACAGAGCUGCCCAUUGAAUGUGGACCAGCAUCAGAGGAUGAGGGGAGCGCUGUGAUGUGCCCAAAUAGUUCCAGUGGGAUGGUCCCUUUCCUGGUGAACCCAUCCCUCACACCUCAGCUGGCUCCCAUAACAUUAGAAACCCAUCAUGCAGGGCAUAAAGUUGGACAAUGUCCACAGGAGCUGCUGGUGGAGAACCUUGGCAAUUGGACUAGCAGAGGUCCCAGCCUACCGUGCCUCACUGAUUCCAGCAGCGGGUCAUGGUUCCAACAGACCUCGAACCAGAGGCUGGAAUCAAGCAGUCAGCCGGCACACAGACCACACAAAACCAAAAACCUUUGGAACCCAACCUAUGGAUCCUGGGUGAUGGAAAAUAUCUGUCGCUCCUGUCCCAACGCCAAGCUCAAAGCAACCACAGAGCGAGAAGAUUCAGGUUUUGAUGGGAACUACAGCUCCUCCCCUAGUUCUCGGGCAUCUCCAGCCUCUCCGAGCAGAAGCCACUGUCCUCACAGGAAUAUCGGUGGGAUAGAACUGGUGAAGCUCCAGACUUUCCCCUGUGGCAAUGUGAAUUAUGCAUAUGAUGAUCUCUACUAUGUCACUGAUCGGUCUUCGGCUUUGGCAGUGGGUAGAGCAGGUGUGCUGAGGAGCUCCAGUCUGCACAGGGAUGGGAAGCCUUUUUGUAAGCCAGAGAAAACGUCAAGAGAGAGGGAUUCUGGCCUCUCCUUGUCAGACGACCUGAGUGUUACACCUGUAUAACAGGAAAUGUUCCUCCAAAGGUCAGGACCAGUGGCGUAGCCAACUUUUAAGAGGAGGGGGAGCAAACCUAAAAAAGGCGCCCCCCCCUUGGCUCCUCCUCUGGCCACGCCCCCCGGUUCCUCCUCCGGUCGCUCCAUGCCUCCCCCCUUGGCUAGCUCCUCCGGCCGCACCGCCCUUCCCCCUCCUCCCCCCCAUGGCUCCUCCGGCUGUGGCUGCCCGGCCGCCAUGCUGUGCCCCCCCCUUGCUCCUCCGGCCACGGCUGCCGGCCCGCCGCCAGCCUGCGCCCCCCACCCCCGGCCAUGGCUGCCGGGCCACCGCCAGCCUGCGCCCGCCCCCUUCUCUGGCUGUGGCUGCCGGCCCGCCACCAGCCUGCGCCCCCCUCCCUCACUCCUCCAGCCGUGGCUGCCGGGCCACAGCCAGCCCCCCCUUCUCUGGCCGCGCCCACCCUCGCUCCUCCGGCCACUUUUGCAAAGUGUGCUGAGGGGAAGCGGCUGCUUCCUUUGCACCCUGCUAGCUACGCUACUGGUCAGGACCUCACACUGGGAGUGUAUGUGUCUGAAAGGGCAAACUGGAACUUCUUCUUUGGUCUCUUAUUUCCUCCAUUCAACUUUCAGAUUCUUUCAGAUGGGUAAUGUUGUAACAUCAGAAGUGUUCCGCUGCAUCUUCCAACACUCGGAUUCCCAAUCUAAUGAGGAAAAUUAUAUUCCAUCAAGAGUGUUCCCUCCUAUUGAGCCAGUCCCACUGGUUUCAGGAUAUAAAUAACAAUGGCAUUGCUGCACUGACUCAGAGUCCAGUGGUUCAUGAAAGGAAUCACUCAAUCUGCUCAUGUGAAGAAAAAAAAAAAGAACCUACCAUCCAAUUGUUACAGUUGGCUGGAAAUGACAAACAACAUAACCACUCUUUUGAUCUAACAUACCAAAAAUUAUGUGCUGUGGCAGCAGCAGCAAACUUAAAAAGGCCAUUGUGUUCCCCAGAGCUUUGCACAUUCCAAUGAUGCUGGUGCCCUGACAGGGAAGUAACCAAAUACAGCCACGUUUGCACUUGCUUUAUCGGCAGAAAUACCAGAGGAACAUUAAAUUGAAAUCAAUGCUGCAACUGAGAAAAACAGAAGAAGUGGGAGGGGAAAAUAUUAUUUCAGGCUCCUCAGAGCAUGUUUUUAAAAACAUGAAGAGAAAACAAUGUAUUUUAAAAAAAUAAUUAAUGGAGUUGAUUGCAUCCCUUUGACUGGUGAAGAAAACUUGCUUCUUACCUCAGGGGCUAACUUACCUCACAGUUCCUGACCCUGGAGGUUUGGGAAAAGUUCUAAUCAAUGCCCAACUACACUACAUUGUGAGAACUGGACUUUUCCUUUCUUUAAAUGGACUUUACCUGGGAUGAACUGUAUUUUUAAAAGGACUCUAGUAUUCAGCAGUAAUAGCCCGUAUUACAGUGGCACCACUGCUAUAAACUGAAGAUUUAGGGUCAUUACUGUAGAAUGCUGGGUUCUUGAUGUUGUUUAUUUUAAAUACAUAAUCUAGAAACUCCUCUGAGGUGGACUUAACUGAGACAAGGAGUGCAUCUUGAAGGGAAACCACCAAGAAGUGUUUUAUUUGAGCAUAAAUCUUAAAAUGCCUCUUCAUAAAGCAGGACUGGAUACUUCAGCCACCUUGGAAGUCAAAACAACAGCUUGGUUUUAUGCACCUGUCUCUCCUUGUGGGAAGCCCUUACAGCAGAAUAUAGUUUCUUCUUGACCUCUUAAUAGUGCAGCCCUGUCAGUUAAGGAGGCAGGUCCCUGUUCUGGAAGAAGAGUUGUUAUUUAAAAGGCUUCCUACUGUAGUUUGAGGUUAAUCUGAAAUUUACUGGUUAGAGCCUAGCAAACAAAGAGACUGAAAAGGUAAAGGCAGCAUUGGUUGUAUGCCCCAAACCAUCUCAGAAGUGCUUUGCCCUGGUGCCAUUUCUGAAUUCCUGGCUGCCAACGUUCAGGUAACAGGGGAGGGUUAGCUGUGUGGAAGGAGGAUGGAAAGGGUGCCCCAAAACUUCAUUGAUCUGUAGAGUCUAUCAGAAAUGCAGCUCCUUCAAUCACCAUCUUUAUGUUUAGUGUGAAAGGAGAGCCCCAAGGAUACACAUACAUUUCAUAAAGCAGCUGUUCCCUUCAGACAGGAAACCAAAGUGUGAAUACACCGAGAGCUCUGCCUUACACCUCACCUAUGUUUCCUGAGUGAAGAGUGGCUGCUGCAUUCAUAGUGGUCAGGAUCACUUCACACCCUGCAUAGGCGUAUAGUCGGUGUACACAAUUUGGCAUAACAAGCAGUCUCCUCGAAGGAGAUGGUUAACUGUAAGCACAGAUUCCAUUUCCUCUGCAACGACAAUUCAUGUGUGGUGCCGAGAAGCACACAGCUGAAGUGGUUGCAUUUCAUUUCACACCAGCAAGAAGUGCCGGGUGUCUCCAACUCAGGGUUAAGGUCAGUCAGUGACUUACAGUUUGUCUCAUAGCUUCCUCUACUUUUCAGGACCACUGGCUAUAGAAUGGAUAGUUUCAAACACCAUCAGUUCUCAGCCCCUUUGGUGGUGAUAGGUCCACUUCUGCCAAUGGAGCUUGCAUUGAGAAAACCAAAUCAAUGUAAUGGAAUUAUAGAUUUUGAUGGCCAAAAUAAUACCUCAUUAUGAUCCUUGGUGUGAGGUAAAUGGAUGUAAGGAUACAAGUAGCUCCCAGAUGCGAGGGAUUGUUCCAGGAAGGAUGGGGCGGAAAUGAAAUGAUUUAAUAACUAUUAUCGCUUUUAAGAACUUUUUCCUCCCUUGCCCCCUUCUGCUUGUGGUCUUCCUCUCAGAGCUCUGCGCACCCCAUUAUUUAUCCACCUUCCACUCCCAGCUCUGAGGCCCUGCUUCCUGGCUACCAUCCUUCCAGGUGGGGAGCAAUGGACAGUGUCUAUCCUUGGAUGUCCUCAGUGCAGAUCCUUAACUGACUAGCAGAGACACUGGUGAGUAAUUCUUCCUCCUUCCAGAGGCUAAGCACAUUUCCUGCCUUGCUUCCAGCUCUACAUGGCCAGCUCUGGUGUAUGCCAAUGAGGAGCAACUACCCCUCUGUCACAACUGGCCUGAACCUAUAAGCCUCGAUUCCCCCCGUCCCCAUCCCACCUAUGCUCAGUAGCAUGCCUCUGCCCUGCCUUCAACUCUGUCAGGUGACACUCUUACUCCCAUGGCUCACUCACGACUGCCUGUUUCCCCAGAGAUACACUAUCAAAAGUUCUUAAACUGUUGGCACCAUAGUAGUGACUCACUCUCUGCUGCUGCUGCAUGUUUCUCACAAUUGGGAGGGGUCAAGACCUAUUGCAGUGCAGUUUCUUAAGCUUGAAGUCAGCUGUAGUGGAGGUUGCAGUGAAGGCAUUUGCCCACGCUGGUGUGAUUCAGAUACAUGAAGAUCUUUACUUGCUGUUUCUGAUCACACUUUCAUGGGCCAGCUAUGCCUACCCACUUUCAGAUGUCACCGACCUCCAUUAUUCUGGUGCAAUUGGUGGUACAUAUCAAGGAGAAGGUGACGUGUAGAAAACAAAGCCAGGGGGAUGAGUGAGUGGGGUGGGAAGUAACAUACUGUCUUCCCUUGCUGGACCUUUUCCUAGUACCAAACUGACUAUGCACAAGACUGCAAAACUGCCUAUGGACUAGACUGUUCUGCUUCAUUCCGCAGUGGAGAUGACUACAGGAGACAUAGGCACGUUCUACCUCCACCCCACAAUCCUCCAAAAUUAAUGACUUUUAAUGACGUGACAGUGAGGCUCAGAAAUGAGCGAAGAAUGCUGUGGAGUGCCUGCGUGCACUGUGGCUAGUUCACGCCAGUGCCAUUUCCUCUCUUCCCCCCCUCCCCCUUCGGAUGCACUGCAUUGAUUCCCAAAUUUAGAAAGCGAGACAGCGAUUAACAACAGGUUAGGAAGUGAGGUGGGCUAAGGCUAAGAAUGGGACAUUAUCACCAUCAGUGUUUCUCAGGCCCCCCUCACCACAGCAUCUAGGUGCCAUUGUCUAAAUGUAACAACAUCAAGUUCUUCUAGGAAAAGAACCAACCUCUCCCCCCUCGCCCUUGGAUAAAAGCCGCUUACUUAUGCUUAGUUGAUUCUAGCUGGAGCCUUCCAGGAUCAGGAGAGAACAUGGAACUGCACAGAUGGAACAAUUAACCACAAUAAUGGGGGAGAAGGUGGGGGGGCAGUUCAGAAGCAUCCAAGUUACGAGCACCAGUCCUAUUGAAGUUCAAUGGGCCUAACUCACUUAGCUGCCUUGGAAAAUCCCACCCACUAAUAUUAUGUACAACACUACUAGAGGAUAAUUCCCCUCUCAUGAUAUUGUAUGUCCAAUCCAAAAUCUUAUUACUCUAGGCACAAUUAACCACACCAAUGGCACAUGCCACAGUCUUGAGAGCCUAACAUGCUGGGAGGAGCUUGAGCCUGAUAACUCAUACACUUAGAAUGCCCAAAUUAGAGGAUUACGGGUAACAGAUUUUUAAUUGCCUUUAUUUAUUUUUUUAAGACACUCUCAGUCAAUAGCGAAUGAACGAACCAACGUUGUCAGCAUUGGGCUAGAUUAGCAUGGUAGCUAAAGCCCCAAAGGAUUUGGUUCUGGCAGAGGAACUCUGGCAGAGUUGUGCUUUAAAAAUGGGACCCUUCCACACAGUCUUCAAACACUGGCGCGUCAUGGGAAUGUUGUAUAAAACCCCUGCUCAGCUUGAUGGGUCUUUUAAUCUUUGCAUUUAGCUUUGCACUUUAAUAACUUAGUGUAAAUGACCAAAAUAUUUUUUUAAGUAAAUAAAUACUCGUUUCUGGCAUAGUCUUAAGGGCCCUACUCAUCCUUCCUUGAAGUUAAUGGACUUUCCAUUGCCUGGGAGUCAGAUGAUGUCUGAAGACAUCAGGGCAGUAAAGAUGUCCUUUGAGUCAUGUGUCAGGCACAAAGGAGACAUUACACUAGCAGUUGUCUGGAGGAGGUAAUUUAUAGCUCCCCCCCCCCGCCACCCAGGCUAGUGAUUAAGAUAGCUUCAUGCUGUGAGUGUUUAAUACUGUCUUGAAAUCAGGACCUGCUUUUUUGCUCAUGACGUUUUAAUCUUACACCUAUUUGCUUUGAUUGAUGAUUUAUGUUGCUUUUUACAACCCCAUUAUGUUACAGUUUCCUCUCUAAACUGUAACACAGAAAAACCAAAUUAAUCAGGAGUCUAACUGGUCUUUCUUUUUGGAAUUAACUUUCUGCCUUUGUCUGCUUCCCUCUCACCCCACCUUUUAUAUCCACUUUCCUCGAGUCCCUAUGCUCCUUCCCCAGCUAGUUUGUAUCUUCUUCUGAUACCCACUUUUAAAUAAGCUUUAAACUAAAUAGGCAGAGUUUAAAAUACCAUUGACUGAAAAUACCCUCCCCAGCCCUGCUAUCACAACACUUUCCUAAGGUUGGUUUCAUUCUCUCUGGUCCUCCAUCUUGGGCCAGGUCUACACUAGGAGCGCUUUGCUGGUGUAGCUAUACUUGGACCACAGCUCAUAGAGCCGAGCGCACUCCUUGUAUGGAUGCAACUUUUGCCAUUAUAGCUUCUCACACACACACACACACACACACCACAUUACUGCCAAAAGGGCAGAUAUAUUAGUAUAACUGCUUCUACACUAAGCAUUUUUGCCAGCAAAGCUAUGUCAAUCACAGCCCUGACUGCCAUAGGUAUACUAGCAAGGGUUUGCCGUGUGAACCUGGCCUACCUCUGUCAUCCCAGCCUGUUUAUCCUUCCUACCCUAAUUUAGAAAAAAACAAAUCCCAUCCUUAUGAGGGACAAUACCAUUGGGUAUCUCUACACUGCAAUUAAAUGCCCACAGCUGGCCUGCGUCAGCUGACUUGGGGCUAAGUCUCUGGGACUGUAAAAUUGCAGUAUAGAUGCUCAGGCUGGAGCCAGAGCUCUGGGACUUCACAAGGUGGGUGGGUCUCCAGCCCGAAGCCCAAACAUUGGCCUGCAGCCGACCCAGGCCAGACUGUUUAACUGCAGUGUAGACAUACCGGUUGAGACCCUAGAGCCUUGUCCCACUUCCUUAUUUAACUGAAUUGCUUUUGAUCUGUUGUUACCACUGCUUAUGGCAACACUGCGCUGACCUACCCUUUGGGUCACUGUAAAUAAAUAGAUACCAAUUCUGCUUCUAUGCAAUUUCAAGCCAGAUAAAUGUAUACUUCUAUAUUUGCAAUACAAAAAUAAAGAGAUGCUAACAGUGUC